ACGCUGCUCGCGGCAACAGCAUCUUGCAUUUGUGUGUCGGUUUUGAGCUGGUUUUAAUGCCAUUUAUUGUCAAAGAACGCUGCUCACGGCAACAGCAUCUUGCAUCUGUAUGUCGGUUUUGAGCUGGUUUUAAUGCCAUUUAUUGUCAAAGACCCUAUCAAUCUUCUUCGCGCUCUUUUCCAUGGAACGCUGCUCGCGGCAACAGCAUCUUGCAUCUGUGUCAGAUUUGAGCUCGAUUUAAUGCCAUUUAUUGUCAAAGUAUAAUGUGAGGAGAAAUGAAUAUAGGCCUUUUGCUCAGAAGGCAGAACUCAGUGGAACAGUAGCAGAACAGAUGCACUCAUCUUUGCGACAUGAAAAAAAUGGAUACUUUUCAAUGGAUCUUCUCUUCAAAAGCAGAGCCUGUACUCAACACCGCAUGGUGUUAAUCAGGAUGCGGGAGAUCGAUUCUAACUUGAUCAUGAAUGGAUUUUUCUGUCUCUUUCGGUCGCGACGGCAAAUUGCGUCGCAUUGAAUCAGCCGUGAGAAUAAAUUAUUCAAUUCAUUUUACUUAUAUUUCGCAUUGCCUAACGCUAUAAUUCAUAAGUUAUUGCCUAACGCUACAAUGUAUUGAUUAAUAUACGUUUAUUUGCUUGAGAUAUAUUCGGGUAGUAACUGCCAUUUUUACAAGUCAUUAAUUUUCUUUAUUUUCAACAACGAACUGUUGUCGCGUAUAACCAACCAAGGUACGCGCUGCAUAGCGAUCCUGAAUAGAUUUUUUAUUUAUUAGGAAAAUAUACAAUAAGCAGCACCGAGGAUGUAUAUUUACCAUCUUGUCCUCUAAUGAAAAUUACAUUAUGCCUUCUUAGCAGGAAUUGUUUCUUUCUUUUCUGGUCAUAAGUGCGUCGCGAAUAUGACCAGACGGGAGUGCCGAGUAAACAGUCGCGUGCGACCGUUAGAUUUUGUUUUAUUUUCUUUCUUUUCUGGUCAUAAGUGCGUCGCGAAUGUGACUAGACGGGAGUGCCGAGUGAGUAGUCGUGCGUAUGAUCGUUAGAUUUUGUUUUAUUUUAAAUAUCAAAAGUACAUCGUGCGAGUAAAUAAGUGCCGGAAGUACAAAGUAACGCGAAUGUCUAAAUUAGUGAAUUCGUAUUAGUGAGGCUCCAGUAAAGGAGCAUCGAAACUGCAGCUACAGUGAAUGUGUAACGUGAAGGGAAAUGGAUGUACUUUCGCUCAGGAGCAGAACUUGCACUCAUCUUCGGUCGACGAUGGAGCCUAAUGGACGGUUCUCAUUAUGCAGAUCGAGAGCAGGUGUGUUCGGAGCAACAGCGGAGCCGGCGGAUUGCAGCGGCGGGACAUCGGCUGUUUUUCCUGAUUGUCAGCCGAGGCGAGCCCUGCACGGAGUACGGAUGUCCCGGACGGCCGCAGUACGAGCCCUUCGUGCCCGCGCCCCCAGGACACACCCCCCGCUGCGCGUCACCGGGGCAGACUUUCUGCGAGAGCCUGGAUCAUUAUCCCCGACAACUCAUCAAGUUUCUCGUCGACAAAUGCAGCUUUGACUUUAGCACCGCGCUGCGAGACGAAUCUCGACACAGCUUCAACUCUUAUAGUUCUCCUCCGGAUUACAAUCAAGGCUAUGACUAUCCACGACAAGACGAUAGUCAAUUAUAUGCGCAGCUUCCUUUGAGAGAACAGCCGGCCUCGGUAUACGGACCUCCGUCCAAUAGCAGCCGCUACCACAGCUAUAAAUACUCUGCACCGUCGCAGCCGCAGAGAAAUCCUUUUCUCCCGGACGUAACGCUCAAGUAUCAACAGAAUAUCCAGCGACAAACCGAUCCCGCUUAUUCGCAGGAUCCCGCGAGCGUAUUUGGGCCGAAUCAAUCAUGGCUGACGAAUAGAUAUUUGAGAAAUGACAAAAUAGCGCCGCGAACUUAUCACGUGAAUCCUCUGUUGGGAUACGGGAAACUGAAGGGCGAUCGUGUGAAGAGGCAGUCGAAUACGGACGCCAUCACCAUAUGCCCCACGCAAGAGCAAUAUAUCGCUCCGAGAGCCGCUUUAAACAAUCAGGGCAACUGGAUGUAUGUUGUUAAUCUUCCGGGACAGGAGAGAUACACGCAGCUCGUCAAAAGCGAGAAAUGCUUGAAUGACGAAUGCAACGGUAUAUGCUCCAUACCGGAGGGAUACAGGAGCAGGUGUCAACAGCAAUUCGUGCAAAAGAGAUUAGUCGCUCUCGAGGGAAGCGGGAAUCGACUUUAUACGGACGUGUUCUGGUUUCCACACGGCUGCAUGUGCCAGAUCAUACCAAAUUACUAAAAACGGCAAACGAGCUGUGUCGCAUUAGUGAACGGUUUAAUCACUAAUUUAUAUAUUAUGCGACUUAUUCUGUUAAGGAUAAACUGCUGAAUGUAAUUACACGUAACCGUCGUCUUUUUUACGAUCGUAAUCCGGUAUCGUAACGCAGCACGCCUCGCAUCAGCGUUGAAAGCGAGCACCGGUAAUACAGCGUUCUAUGAACGAUGCGUACCCGAGCAAGUUUCAACAUUACCAGCGGCGUUAAAGUAGAGACGGAUAAGCAUUAUCAAUAUGUAGUUUAUUUUGUUGCAUCUGUUAAUUGCACAUUAGCGAAUUGCAAGCGGGCGCAAAUCUAUUCAUAAAAAUAUUAAUAUUGUAUUUGUUAGCGGUGAAUAAGCAAAAAGGCUUUCAACGAGAAAUAUUCUAUACUUACGUCUCGCAUUUUUAGUUUUAAAUAUAUUUUUUUUAUAUUAUUGAUUGGAGUGGAAAUCAUUGGAUGCGUCUUUUUUUACUUUUUAAGCAUCCUCGAUUCUCCCAGAAUUCUAAAAUUACGAGAGAGACGGCAUGCGUAGUAUUAGAUUAGUAUGGAUCUAUCAGUUUUUAUAAUAUAAUUGUUGUUAAUAAGCAUUGCUUUUAGUUGAAGGAAUAAAUAUUUGAUUUAGGGAUUAAUCUCGAUAAAUAGUUAAAAUGUUACGAUUCAGUUUAUUUGUGCAAUAAGUACUUUUUUCCAGCGAGAACGAGGAGAGGAAUCUUAUAUCAUAUAAUGAAACUUAAAAGCAGAUUUUUAUGUAUUAUUUAUAUACAAAUGAGUAAUAAAGACAAUAUAACGAAAAAUUGUUAUUAUUACCAGAUAGCAGAAUGUUAACAAUGCUA